AUGUUCCUGGGGCAGGUGGGCCUCAUGUCAGAGGCCAUGAAGAAAUUCCCUGUGAGGUUUGGAUUAGAUGCAUGCCUCACUGAUAAUGGACCUGCUAUUCCAAUAGUGUAUGAUACCGGAAAUGUGGAUUACAACAAAAACUUAGUCUUUAAUACUGAAGGGGCAGCCAUGGCUCUUUGUUCAGGUGUCAACCCAACCGCCUGUCACAUUGAACAUUUCUGUAUUGGUGGAGGUGGACACUUUCCUGAAGCCACCCCUAGACAGUGUGGGGACUUUACAAGAUUUGACUGGGAUGGAUAUGGUACUAAUAAGGGAUGGAGUGCUUCCAAAGAGAUAACCGAGGCAGCUGUGCUUCUCUUUUAUCGCUGACAUUCUGGUCAAUCU